UUCAGCCUCCCCAAUCGCCUCCGUCUCUAUUCUCUCGUUCUCAACUCUGAACUUGCCCUAAGCGCCUAAGGUCGAGCGCUUCCCCGUGAGGGAAGGGGUGGGGUGGCGUGGUAUUCGACGAGAGAGGUUAAUCGUGGCGCACGUUAGUGCGAUAGGCAAAUUAACAAUAUGGGACUCUCCAUGACCGCUUUGCUGCUCUGAUUUGCAGCCAAAGCGAGGGGAUUGCCCCCACACUUUUCUUUAUCUCUCUCCUCUAUAACUUCCGAAAAAAAAAACUCUGAACUUGCACUCUCUCUCUCUCUCUGCAACUGGAAACUACAAAAUCUACAAGAAUCAGAAGUUCAAAACCCAUAUAUUUCAGUUUAUCUAUCUGUCUGAAAGAAUCAAAAUUUCAAAACCUAUUACCUAUAUCAAAACCCAUAUCGGCAUAUCAUUUCAGGUUGUUCCAAAAAUCAAAACCCAUAUCUUUCAGUUUCCUCCAGUUCGGGUUCGCCGUUCGCAAGCUUCAGCCGCUGUCUCUCAACUCUCAAGCUUGCCCCCCUCUCUCUCUACAACUGCUAACUUGGCCGAACAAUUGAACUCAUGUGCUAGGCCCAAUGUGUCCCAUACGUCCGAAUGCAUGCCUGAUCCCCUAUGGAGGAGCAUUUGACCCCUGUUUUGGAUCGUUGUAAACCGAAUCAGCCUCAGUGGCAUAUUUCUUGUACCAACCAGGUAAGUCGCAGGAGCAAUCAGCAGGUAUUACUUUUUCUGCACGUUUCUGGCAAUGAUGUAUUAGGGUUUAUAGGGUUUUGCAGGGUCUUGUGAAAUUUGUUCUCUCCUUUUUGUUGAUUAGACCAAUCAGUACUUAUCUUCUAUGAUUAUUUUUUGAAAAUAAGUAUCAACAUGUUUGUUUUGGGCUUCUUUUUGAAUUUCCUAUUCGAUUGAGAAAAUUCAGAAGGUAGCUAAGUUAGGAUUUUCAUUCUGUUCCUCUCUCUUUAUACGCAUGUGUGUGUGUAUAUAUAUAUAUAAUUGUAUUAAUGUUAUAUUACUUCUUCUGUUGCAAGGUGAGUGCUUCUGUUUUCUAUCUCUUAAUUCUUCUUUCAGAGUGCUCGAUUUAUGAACAUGAGCAUAAGUUGCAUAUUUCUGUCAACAUACACCCACAUUGUUUUAUAUUUGUUUGUUCAUUUGUAGAUUAUAAUAUGAUACAAAUUGUCUUACAGUUGCAAAAUAAAUUACUGUGAAAUAUUUACAGCGAUAGGAAAACACCCGAGAGAUGGAUUGACUGCGGAUAUGUGUGAUUCUUCAGUAACUUAGAAAAAUAAUGAUGAGAAUCUUAUUAUUUGUUGUAUUGUGAAAUUGAUAUAUCUUUGUUUUCCUUAAUGAGGUUAUCUAUCCAGAUUUCAGAAGUUUCUAUUUGCGUGUAUUGCAGGUGUUAUGUGUGUGCAUUUGUAUAUAGACAUAUAUUAUAAUGGAAUUGGAUUUAUUUCUUCAUUUUGUAGAUUAGGAUUUGAUAUAAAUUGUCUUUUGAUAGAAGUAAAACUAUUUGGCAUUAAUAUUGAUAUGUGGAGGGUUCUUCAGCUACCCAAAUAGGAUCAUUAAAUGUUGCUCUUUGGUGAUAAAAUGAGACUCACGGCUUGUCUUUUGAACUUUUAAUAUCUGAUCCUAAUCAUCUGUUCGUGACAUCACAAUUUUCUAGAAAUUGACAACAAAAGAUACAAAAACAAUGGUGUUAGAAGUUGUAAUCCCACUCAAGGAGAAGCAAAAGUUAGAGAUGAAAUAUGGUGUUCAUAUUCACAUGGAUGCUCUGAUGCUUGCUUGUGAUAUUGUUGUGAGAUACUCUGAUGCUUUGUUGUCCAACAAAGCAGAAGCAAAUGGCUGCAGCCAAAAGGUGAUGGUGCUUCUGCAAAACAAGGCAGUCGAGCUGCUGCAUGGCGCCUGUGCUAGAAUGAGACAUGAUCUUGAUGUAAAUAUGGAAGAGAAUCGGUUGGAUGAAGCUGAAUACUUUCUUUAUCGCACUCUUCUUGAGUUAAAUGAAACCCAAAGAGAAAAGGAUUUGGGCAGUCAAAGUUGGAUUCCUCGUGUAGAAGAAGAAUAUAUUGGUUUUAGGGAUUUCUGGGAUGGAUUUGUGGAAAAGUGGAAGCCUCUACUGAUGCAGCAGGGAUCAGCAGAAAGAGCUCGAGAAAAUUUCAUCAUGGAACAGUUGCGAUCAGGGCUGAUAUCAUAUUUGCAGGAGGUGGAAGUUGCUUAGAAGAGGUUUCAAUAUUCUUCGGUGGUUCCAGACCUAAGUGACGAUUUAUCUUCCCUUGUUAAUUCAACUUGCAAACGCGUCAAGGAAAAUGCAACUGUUAAACCAUAUACUGUUGCAGAGGUGGCGAGCCUCAUGAUCAGCUUCCCUGCUUCAUGGCUCCUUAAUUCUUCAGAGCCGCCACUGCAGGGUAUUGGACAGAGAUUGCGGAAGAGGUUUGGCGGACAAGAUCAUGUUAUUGAUGCAGUCACCAAUGCCUUGUUGAGCUGUCAGCCUCAUGAAGCGGGCAUCGCCCUAUUGGAUCAUUUCUCUUCUUCGGUGGUGCUCCUUAUGGCAGGCCAGAGUUUAUUGAAGCUCUCACUGAAGAGCUGUUCGACAGCAAAGACCUGCUGGUAAGGUUUGAGAUGUCAGAUUACAGCGAUUCACACUGUUCUCAGUGUGAUUCAUCCUUCCUCGAUGUUCGCACCAGAGACUACAACCAUGAAGAACAUGGUAUCAGGGGAGAACUCAUAAAGGCUGUUAAGAGCAGGCCCUUUGGUGUCUUUUAUUUGAAAAUGUUGAGAAGGCCAAUAAUUAUGCCAUUGAAAUUCUGCUUGACAUAUUGAGGCAUGGUAGACUGACAGACACUAAGGGUGGCAAAGUUGACUUUACCAAUGUGUUGGUUAUCAUGACUUCAGAUGUUGUAAUGAAUAAUGUACCCUUAUGGUGUUGCCAUUGUUUAGAGAAGGAUCAAUAUCGCCCCAUGAAGAGUAGGUUGAAACAUUAUUAUGACCUUCCAAGCGACCAUAUGUGCGGGUUCCUCCAUGCCUAUUUAGAGGCAGAUAAGUGGUUUAAAAGUGAGUUGCUUGAAGAAUUGGAUGAUGUUGUAGUUUUUAAUGGACUUUCCGAGCUGCAUUGUCAUGUUAUUGCUAGGUUGCAGUUGAGGGAAUUAACUGAAGCCAUGAGACCAAGAAGGCUUAUUGUGUACCCAUCUGAAGCUGCAUUGUGAAGUAUUACCAGGAGGUCCUUUUGCCGUACAAUAUAGAGUGCAUGAAAGUGAGCCACAUCAUCCUCUGUCUAGCUAGCGAAUCUUGCAGAUUACCUGCAUUGGCUCUUUAAAUUAGUCGGCUUUGGCUCACUAAUCGUCAGAGUUGGGGCGUCUCUUGGAUCAAUCGUGCACGUAGAGAGGGUAUGAAGAUGUGGCUAAAGGAGAAUGUGGUCCCUGUGGUGUUUAAUAUGCUUUCAGAGAACAAGACAAGUGAUGGUAUUACCACCAUUUACAUUGAUUCCCUAGUUGGAACAGAUAAACUAUCUUACAGAAUGGAGAAAAGUCCAGUGAAUUUUUUCAUUUUCAUGCACUUCAAAGAAUCUUUGAAUGAGCUGAGAAUGAUAUACAAGAAAGAGAAAGAACGCACCUGCAAGAUGUACACUUUAGAAAGAAAGUAUUUUGAAUUGAUAUCUAGGGAUUCUGAUGAAGAUUUGGUUCAUGUCGUGGAGGUGGUUCAAGAUUUGGUUGAUACAGUGGAUGAUAUUGUAGCAAAUACAGAUGUCAACUUUACGUGCAAAAACUAUAGACCGACAUCAGUGAACUUCUUAAAUCAGGAGGCAGAGGUUAGGCAGCGGGAGUUGGCGUCUGAGAGGGCUAGGAAUGAGGUGGAUGGUCUUCAAAAAGUACUGUACAGUAAUCUUGAAGGGGUCUAUCAAGCAGUUGAUGUUGUGGCAGAGGCUUUAUUGAGGACCAUUCAUGGACCUCAUGAUACGCUCCAUUAUCCUGCCAAGUCAUUUCUAAUAUUAGGUCUUACAAGUGCUGGUAAGGCAGAUCUUCUAAAAGGUCUUGCUGAGCUUUGUGCAGCCAAUGGGGGGACAUCUGUGAUUCAAAUCAAUGCGGAAGAACACCAAGAAUCUGACUCAUUGUUGCAGCUUAUGGAUGGAGCACUCUGGCAUGACAGCCAUGAGCAACAUGGUUUGGGGCUUCAAGAAGCUGUUAUGGUGAAACAAGGCUGCAUUAUCAUUAUUGAUCAGAUUGAAAAGGCUAAUAUGUCUGUAUUCAGCACCAUACUUUCAAUGCUUGACCACAGUACUGUGGAAGACAGUCAAGGAAGAAAGAUUGAUUUCAGGGGCACUGUUGUAGCCACUAUGUCAGAUUUGGGAAACAGACAAAUUUUAUCACGCCUUGCUGGACAUGCUUAUGGUGGUAGUGUUCCGAGAGGCAGCAUCAAACAGGACGGAAUGCGUUUCAGAACUGAGUUGCUGAAUCGGGUAGAUGAGAUUCUCAUAUUUAAUCCCUUUGUUAAGAAACAACUCGAAGAAUUUUCGAGGUUAUCAAUGAGGGUUGGGCGUCAUCUGGAGGGAGAACACUGUGCAUUUUUUGAAGCAUUUUCGUGUCUGUUCCAAUACACUACUCGUUCAUUUUCUAAGAAGUGGCCAUGGACCGCACGGUUUGCAGUGUCCCAUCUCUCAAAGGAGCUCCUUGGUAAAUGCCGCAAUGUUGUCUCGGUUAACAGACGCGAGCUUUUAUCCCAUCAACAAAUUCAAAGGAGCGCAUUGGUAAAUGCAGUAGUGUUUGUUUUGGUGAACAGAUGCGGGCUUUUAUCCUCUUUCGGUGAUGAUCAAGUCUGCAUGCAACCACCGAAAGAGGAUAAACUUAGAAGUUUGUGGUACUGAGAAAAUGCUUCUCUAUGGUGGUUUUAUUUUAGUUCGUCGAGUGUGUGUGUAGUGGAUUUCUUUUCAGGAAAUUGGUGUCAUUAAAGUUUGAUAAACAGUCAUGAUCUUAUAAAACCCAACUAACCUUUGUCAAUUUAACAAUUACCAUAUGUGAGAUAAGUGAUAAACAAUCUAGCUAUAAUAGUAAUUACUUGUGGACAAUAGCGGCAGUUGGAGAAAUUACACAGUAGUUAGGCAGUUGUGAAUUGUGACAUAUAGAGGCAGAGAAUGAGAGUUGUGACUUGUGAGAUGUUGAUGGUUAUAUGUGCCAAGGUUAUGAACGUAUCAUGUCACCGUUUUGUUUGGAUUUUCGUUGUGUUUGGAUUUAGUUGUAGCGGGAGUAUUUCCACAA